GCGGAGGGAGCUCAGAUCCAAUGACCUUUUUGGGCUCGGGUCAAGGAUUGCAAGUACCAAUUUGUUAAUGUCGUUGGGUAUUGGAGCACGCUUUUAGUGUAUUUAUUCGAACCCUCUUGAUUCACAGCCAGCAAACAUCAUAUUCAUAUGCUGCUUGUGCUUCUCCUUCAUCUCUCUCUCUCUCUCAAUAACAUCCACGCUGAGGCACUUCAUCCAGUAAAAUAUUUUGCGGAAAGAUGGGGAUCAUAGAAAAGAUUAAAGAGAUCGAAGCCGAGAUGGCUCGCACACAGAAAAAUAAAGCCACAGAAUAUCAUUUGGGCCAGCUCAAGGCUAAGAUAGCAAAGCUGAGAACACAGUUGUUAGAGCCCCCAAAAGGUUCUAGUGGAGCUGGGGAUGGUUUUGAAGUUACAAAAUUUGGCCAUGGACGUGUUGCAUUGAUAGGUUUUCCCAGUGUUGGAAAAUCAACUCUUCUGACUUUGUUGACGGGAACACAUUCAGAAGCUGCAUCGUACGAGUUCACCACUCUCACCUGUAUACCUGGUAUCAUUCACUAUAAAGAUACUAAAAUACAACUUCUUGAUCUUCCUGGGAUUAUAGAAGGUGCAUCUGAAGGAAAGGGGCGUGGUAGGCAGGUCAUUGCUGUUUCCAAAUCAUCAGAUAUUGUGUUGAUGGUCUUGGAUGCAUCCAAAAGCGAAGGGCAUCGGCAAAUCUUAACGAGGGAGUUGGAAGCUGUUGGCUUACGUCUAAACAAAAGACCGCCUCAGAUAUAUUUUAAAAAGAAAAAGACUGGGGGAAUUUCUUUCAAUAGCACUGUGACAUUGACUCAUGUGGAUGAGAAGCUCUGCUAUCAAAUAUUACAUGAAUACAAGAUUCACAAUGCUGAGGUUUUGUUUCGUGAAGAUGCGACGGUGGAUGAUCUUAUUGAUGUUAUUGAAGGGAAUCGCAAGUACAUGAAGUGCAUAUAUGUAUAUAACAAGAUAGAUGUUAUCGGUAUUGAUGAUGUUGACAGAUUAGCACGACAACCUCAUUCGAUUGUCAUCAGCUGCAACUUAAAGUUGAAUCUUGACAGACUGCUGGCAAGAAUGUGGGAAGAGAUGGGUCUUGUCAGAAUAUAUUCAAAGCCUCAGGGCCAACAACCAGACUUCACAGACCCUGUGGUCCUUUCUGCUGGUAGAGGUGGCUGCACUGUUGAAGAUUUCUGUAACCACAUUCAUCGGAACCUGAUAAAGGAUGUGAAGUAUGUUUUGGUCUGGGGCACAAGUGCAAGACACUACCCACAGCAUUGUGGCCUUGGUCACGCUCUUCAGGAUGAGGAUGUAGUACAAAUAGUUAAGAAAAAGGAGAAAGAAGAUGGUGGCAGAGGACGGUUUAAAUCGCACUCAAAUGCUCCUGCUCGAAUUUCUGACAGAGAAAAGAAGGCUCCCUUGAAGACAUAACAUGGGACAGUCUGCAAACACUGGAAAUAUUUGCUCAUCGUCCAGAUUAUCUACAUUCUGGAACGGAGAAUUACACAUUCAAGAGGGCGUAGCUGGGAUUUUCAGAUGGGCUCCAGAAACCUAUUGAAUGAUCGAUCUUUUUUCUCGUUUGUUGUAUUUAUGAGUAGUCAUUCAUCGGUUAUACAGAUUGCUGGUAGCAAAAUAUAUUCAGUAAAGAUCAUGUUGGUUUUGUUGUUA